AUGUCAUCAAUCAAAACAACUGUAAAAACAGAAGCAUGCUCCUUUAGUGAGUACAGGAUAUAUCCCGGAAGAGGACAGAAGUUUAUUGCAAGAGACGGAAAAGUUUACUUUUAUUUAUCAUCAAAAUUUGCUUCACUUGCACAUCAGAAGAAGAAGGCAGCCAAGUUGAGAUGGACACAGACUUGGAGAAGAAAUAACAAAAAAACAAAAAUUGAAAGCACACAAAGAAGGAGGUAUAAAAAAACUAUUAAAGUGCAGAAAGCCGUUUGUGGGCUAACUGUCGAAGAUAUCAGAAACAGGAAAGCCUAUGUCCAAAGCAUUGAAGCAAAGAACAAAUCUCGAAUAUCAGGCAAGGAGAAGGAUGACAAGAAAAAAGGAAAAGAUGAUAAAAAAAAAAAUGUCGCACAUUUUCAACAAAAAAAAGAUUUCUCCAAAUCCAAACAGAUAAAUAUGGCUAAGACGAAAAUGCACAAAAUGAUGAAGAAAUGA